CAAAUGGUCCAGACAUGCAAAUUAAUGGUCAGUGGCCGAAGUGGACAGUCGUGUCAAUGGCAGACAUAUAGAGCCGAUGAUGUGGUCAGUGUAAUGGCGGUCAUCCUAAGUGUCAAAAUAUGGAUCAAUUGUUUAUCUUUUAUUAUAUUACUUAAUGACAACACAAUUGUUAUGCUAUUGACUGCUGUUUUCAUUGAGACAAUACACUGAGCGCACACCUCUACUAACAACAACAGUGAGUGCAGUGAACAUCCCUAUCAACUAUGCAAUGUGUGGUCCAAUGGCGCCAAACGUUAGUUUGCAUUCAAAGCAUUGAUUGGCGCAUAAAAUACAGUCAUUUCUGUAAAUACGUUAGUGUUUAGUGUUUGUCACACAUAUCACACCAUUUGAUCCAAUUUUGACCACAAUUUCACCUCUAAUAUCACAUUUGUGGCUAACAGUCAUCAACAUUAAGAUGUCACACAAAAACAUUUAUUAUUCGGAUAAAUAUUACGAUGAAAAGUUUGAAUAUAGACACGUUGUUCUGCCUAAAGAUAUCUCCAAAUUGGUACCGAAGACUCAUCUUAUGUCUGAAGCUGAAUGGAGAGGACUGGGUGUCCAACAAAGCCAGGGAUGGAUACAUUAUAUGAUUCACGAACCCGAACCACAUAUUCUACUAUUUAGACGACCGGUCACUCUAACGGGUCCACCGCCGUCACAGGUGGAACAGUUCAGGGCUGAGCUCAAUGAACAGUGAAUGAGUCGACUGUUGAUACAGUUGUUUGAAGACAAUCGGCGGUCAUCUCAUUGAUCGAUGUUUGCAUUCAAAACAAUUACAAUCUAAAUGUUAUUUUUAUUAUUAUUUGCACUUAAUAUUCAUUUCUAUCUAUUUUGUGUACAUAUUGUAUCAGUUGUUCAAUAAAAUGCUAUUUUUGUUUAAUUUGCAGAAAUUUAAGU